ACUAAAGGCAAUGACCUGAAGCCUUUUGCGAUGACGAUGGCCAUGAAUAUUUGAUGAAUUCUUUGUUUGCCAUAUAACGUAUUAUGCGAUUUUCAUAAUUAUUCAUUUCACCAGAGGCCUACCAUUUGGAAUAGCUUCACAUCGAAGCCGACAUGGCCUCCAAAUUAGUGUUUAUCGCGCUAGUGGCUUUGGCUCUCACCGCAUGUACAGAAGCAGGAAAGCACCCUAAAGCAAACAAAGUUGGGAAAGACAAACAUAAUAAGGGCACCAAGAAAUGUUACGGCGCAUGCGCACCACCUCCAAUGGCAGAUCCCUGUGCCACUAUGGCAGCACCUUGCGCUCCACCAGUCAUGAUGGCUGCACCUGCUCCCAUGUUAGCACCCAUGUUAGCACCCAUGCCUGCACCCUGUGCCCCUCCAGAGUGCCACACCCAUAGUGUACAGGUCAAGCAGACCCAUCACAUGGCCCCUGCACCUCCACCACCAAUGGCCUUUCCCCCUAUGCCACCUGCACCCGGGCAGGUCAUCACCCACUUACAGCACAUCGUGCACCAUAAGAUUCUUCCCCCACCCCCACCCCCACCAGCACCACCAUGUCCACCACCAUGCCACGUGCAGUCCACCCAGCACACCGUUGACCACUCUUGGGCUCCUUCUCCUGUAUCUGCUCCUCUGCCAAUGGCCGCCCCACCCUCACCACCACAGCGAAUCCACCACGUCCACACCAUUGUCCACCACCACGUGCACCCACCACCACCCGCACCACCACCACCAGUAUGCAUGCCCAUGUGCGCCGUCGCCGCCCCCGCUCCCUGCCCCGCCGCCUGCCCAAUAAGCUGCUGCAAGAAGAACAAGGUGAGCGACAAGGAGGGAUCCACCGAGGAGCCAGAAGACGACAGCGAAGAGGAGAGCGAAGAUGAGACCGACGAGAAAGCCGACAAGCCCAAGAAGAACUAAACAUUCAGACCUUCUUUAGGUUCUUUUGUAAAGACUUCAUCGAAGCAUUAAGAUCAGUGCUUACAGGUUGGCAGUUCCGUAUGUGGAGCGAGUGGCUUAGUUUGGUCGUUAGCAGGGGAUGUGUACCAGAUGUGUAUCUCGAUUGGGUUCGUUGUACGAGCUCUACAGUGUAGAAACACGUUUGAUUAGUUUGAAUUCGAGUGAAUUGUACAAAUAAAAACAUUUGUUGAAACUUUAAAAA